CACGCAACGCUCCACCACACAAGCGUGACUACUCGGUCGCGGGCCAACAUAUCAAGCUGCACGAAGCCGUUGAACAACAACAUUUUCUAGUCCUUUCGAGGAAGGCGAUGACUCGAAAUCUGCAGUUACCAUAUUUAAAAGCUAAAAUAAGACGGACAUUAUAAAAAUCCAGACGUUCAUUUUCACAUGAUGUAUAAUUCCAAUCAAUCAGUUAUCAUGGCCGUAUCUAUGGACACUUUGGCGAUUUGCAUUUGCUUGUUGCCCCUUCUUUCCUUCCUCUCGUGUGCCGUCAUUGCUGUUAUCUGGCAUUUCAAUUCAACAACACGGACCCACUGCAAGGUAAGUUUAAACCUUUAGAGUUCAUAUUUCUUUCACUAACAUGUAUGCUUUAUACAGAAUGGACUUCGUAUCGUAUCAAGCCCUCAAUUUCGGUAGUUAGGCUUAUAGCACAAAGAUUAAUUGGAGUUUUUUUUUAGUAUCAUUGCAUUUUUUCUUCCAAAAGCAAACAGUUCGUCUUAAUUUCACAGGAAAAGGGGCCUUAUGAUAUAACUUUUCGAUUGUUAAUCAAUUGAAACUAAUUCUUGUCAUUUUACGUAAGUUUAUUAUGGAAAUUGCAACAAUUUCAGUUUCCUACAAUAUUUCUCCUUCCAUCAUUUCCUUGUUGAUUUUCCUCACAUGUAUGUGAUUCAAUUUUUUCCUUGGUUAGGUUUGAAUUUUAAUUUCCAUUGCUUCAAACUUAAGUCUUACAUACAUUUACCAUGCAGAAAAUAUAGGGAAAUAAAAUUUAAACCAGGAUAAAAUUAAAUUACAAAAUACGCCAGUAUUAUUAAUACAUGUAAAUACAUGUGUGCAAAUUAUCAAUAUAUUAUGGCUUAAAAUGACUGAUUAUAAAAAUAUGUUGUAGGUUUCAAACUAUUUACCAUCAAUAAGUGCUGCAAUCGGAGGACAUAUGCCUGAGAAGUAUAUUUGGAGAGUGGGAAUAGCUCUGCACUGUCUUCCACGAAUUCUUGUCAUCCCUUAUUCACUUCACAAAUAUUUUAAGAAUACCUUAGCUGGCAGAAAGUAUGAUUCAACGACCUGGUGGUUUUGGUUACUUAAUCUUUCAGCUACUGUUUCAAAUUUGGUGGAAAAUGGAGCUCUGAUAACUUUAACCUAUGUUUCUUCCAUUGAACACUUUGGUAAGGAGUAAAACCUAUCGGUUUUGUUUGUCAUUUGUGUUGCGAUUGUCUGACACUUACAUAUUGCAAUGUUUCGACCACAUAAAACUGAAAGUCUUCACCAGGUGAUUACUGUCAAUUUACUGAGUUAGUAAGAACUAAUUUUAUAAUUAUUUUGUACCAUUAUUUGCGAUCACCUGGGCUGUCAACCCCCCCCCCCCCCCCCCCCCCCCAGUAAAAAAAUUUUUUUGUUUUUUUUUUUUUUUUUUGGAGUUUUUUACCAUAAAAAAUUAUUAAGUUUUGCCCACAAAAAAAAGAAAAAAUUCCCCACGAGGUUAUUUUUUAUUUUUUAAGUUAUUAAAAAAAAAUUUUUUAAUUAUUUUUUUCCAUUUUUUUUGGCAACCCGCGGUGCCGACCCCCCCCCCCCCCCCCACGUCAUCAAAUAUUGAGAAUUGAUAGGGAAGAAAUGAUAGAUGACAUCAUAUCACAUGACAAAUGAUGUCAUUUGUGCCACAAAUGCUCGUUGAUUCCAAUCGACAUAUACAGCACAUGAACAGUUCAUAUUUAGCCACAUUAGAGAGACUCUAAUCUGGAGACCGGGAGAUCUCCUGGAGUCUCCCGGAGCACUGCAUGGUUGUUAGUGAUUAAUGUAUCACAACAAUGAGUAAAACCAAUUUUGGAAAACGGGGUAUAGUAAGUAAAACCAGCAUGAAAAACUGGGCGUAUUAAUAUAUUGCAGGUUGCAGGUCAGAAUUUCAUGUUAGACAAGGUCAUGUCAGGGCCAAAAGUGUCGUGCAAGAUCAAGAAGUAGGCCAAAACCCAUGCAGCUCUUCCAGGCCUUCUUAAAUCCCAGACCCCUCUUCAGCUUCUGAAAAUUAAUAAGGAAAAAAGGACUUUCUUGAAAGACUGGUGCAGACGAAGGAUGGGGGUCCUCCUGCAAUAAGGGACAUUGUUAUGAUGUCGUUGAUAUCUUUUGGUUAGUGGUGUCAUGGCGCAUCACAUAAGGUUCACUUGAAAACUGAAAAUUUUAUUUAGGGCCUGGAAGUGGGUUAAACCAGCAUUCCCAGGUUUUUUUAAGCCAUGGAAAAAGGCCCAAACCGUUCCAGAGCUCUGGAGUCCUAAGAGAAGCUCAACCUCGUUCCCAGUGUUCUCUCCUACCCGCUCUCCUACCUCCCUCCAAUAUUAGGGCGGGUAGGAGAGAACCCUGGGAACGAGGUUGAGAGGAGCUAUUUCUGCCAUGCACUUCCAAUACAAAUUAUGUAAAUUUAUUCUUGUGUGGCAAGUAAUUUAAUUCAAUACUGGUGUGACAUUGUGUAACAUAAUAUGAAAUUCUGACUUGUAGCACGACCCUGCAAUUUACAUCUUCUGCUGAAAAACUUAACCUGCAUGUAAUUAGUAUGAAGCUUUUGCUUAUUAACCUGCAAGUAUGUAGCCAUUAAUACAUGUGCUUUCUAACCCUUGUUGUUUCCCAGGAAUUAAACCUGCCACUUUACCACCACCACCUUACAGGCCAGCACUCAACUGACUGAACCUUAUAUAAUCAUGCUGUUUUCUAAUAACAUUCACUAGUUCUAAUGAAACAUGCACUUUGUGUUUGUUUCAGGUGUUCAUGAAGGAUCAUUUAUAACAUUUAUGGUGUGCUCCAUGUUAUUUAUGCUGUUGUGGUGUAUUUUAUUCAAGUUGACUGCUACCCAACCAAUGACAAUGGAGGUGUGUUUGAUAAAAAUUAUUUUUAUAGGUGAUUUAUAUAGUACAAUUACAUCACCUUUAGAAGUACACUGAUGGGCCAUUAGCCUCCCCGCAGACGUCCUUUGGGGUUCGUUUGUCACGCAUGAAUGCAUGACAAACAAACCCCAAAGGACGUCUGCAGGAAGGCUAAUGGGCCAUAUUAUAAACAAUUAUUGGAUGAGGUUUUUGUGAUAUCUGGAAUAAUCAAGGUCGAGAUACAGCCGUAAGUGUUAUCAGCCAAGGCUGACCUUGAUUAUUCCGGAUAUCACAAAAACCUCCUCCAAUUAUAAUUGUUUUAUUAUGCGUUUUUAUUUGUUUUGAAGAAAAUAAUGACAAACACAUUGUCACAAGGAACGUGAAUCAAGGGCAUAUUUAGGGGUGGGCCCAGGGGGCUGUGGCCCCCCCUUUUGACCGGGAAUUUUUUUUUUUGUAAGUGUGUUGGUCAUGGUUCUUUGAGCUUUGUUAGCGGUCCAAUCGUUUAUUACGUUUACGGGGGGGUGACUCAGAGGGGGGGGGGGGAAAGUUUACUAAGGGGCUUGAUGUUAAGGGGGGCAAUAUUUGAAAAUGAAAAGAAUGUGAGGGGGGUGGAAAAAUUAAGACAAAGGAAUGGCCCCCUAAGUAUCACCCCCAUAAUUAUUUCCCAUGUUUGAUUUGUGGUGAUGUUUGUGAUUUUUCUGUUUUUUCUAUUACUGUGUUUAUGUUUUGCUUUUAUUAGUUUUGAUUGUUUUGUGUCUUUGCAGUUUGUGAUUUAUUGGGGAUAGAGAUUGGUGGAGGAGGGGAGAGAGGGAGAUAGGGGGGGGAGGGGGGGGGGGGGGGUGGGUACAGUUUACUAAGAGGCUUGAUGUUAAGGGGGUCAAUAUUUGAAAAUGCACAGAAUGUGAGGGGGAUCGAAAUAUUAAGACACAGGACUGGCCCUCUAUGUAUCACGCCCAUAAUUAUUGCCACUGUAUGCUAUAUCUCUGGCCCCCCUCUAUCACAAAAUUAAUCCUCCGUCUGCCCCUGUGAAUUGAUAUUGUUUUUGCAAAUCAUGCAUUGCACGUAUAACCUACAGGUUAGUCAGUUAGCUGCUAGCAGAUAGCUUACUCCAUCUGUAGGUUGCACUGAUUUCCAAAAUUAGCUGUAAUCUCUUAGCCAAUGAGGAGAUAGAUGGUGAGUACAAUGUAUAAUAACAUGAUUAUAUAUUUGAUGCUGUAAUACUUAGAUUAUUCAUUUAAAAAGUAGCGUCAGUAGUUAGGAAUGGUUUUAAUAAUAAUUUAAUAAUACAUAAUAAUAAUAAUAAUAAUAAUACAUACAUACAUACAUACAUACAUACAUACAUACAUACAUACAUACAUACAUACAUACAUACAUACAUAAUGAUGGUGGUGGUGGUGGCAGUGGAACCUUGUUAUAUGUCCAAUUAAACAAGGUUUCUUAAUUAUAUUGAUCAAGGUAUUUUCCAUACAUUUUGCUAUUUACUGGAGAGGAAAGUAACAUGUAUUAUACCAGUUCAUUUUAUCAAGGUUUCACUUAUGAGCAAUCUCUUUGGCAGCUGCUUGGGCCAGAGGGAGAGGUAAUUUUAAUUAUUAACUUAUUUUUAUUUUUCCUCCAACAGGAAUACAGACUAUUCAAGAGAAAUCUAUGCACACUAUCCUUAAACUUUUGCUCAUUUGGCUUUGCCGUCUAUUUCUUCUUCAGACACAAUUGGUACUGUGAACAAGGAAGUAUCCUUUCCUAUACUUUAUGUAAUUUCAACCAAACCUUGAUCUGCUUUCUGGCUCUGGCAUCCAUAGAUGAGGGCGAUCAGUAGGUAGAAAGAUAGGGGUAGAUGCAUGGAGGGACCGAGGUAGGGAGGUGGUUAGGCAGGGGUAGGUAGGUUGGUACACUGAAAAUACCUAGGGGGAAGACUGUUUACUGUUCCCUGUUUUCCCAUAAUAAUAUAAUGAUAUGAUUUUUGUGAUUGAGCACAUUAAAAUACUUAUCUCUCUGGAGACCCCGCAAUAAAAUAAAGGGGUAUAGAAUGGUACCUGGAAAAAUGCGAGUCUCAAAAAAUUUUGGCCUGAUCUCAAAAUCUUGGAAGCAAAAACAAUGCAUGUCCUGCUGAAAUAUUAUUGUGCCUGACUGAACAACUUUGAUUGGUGAGGGGUGGGGGAAGGGGUCACUGUGGUGCCAAAUCCUCCACAUGGGUGUCCUGUGAGUAAGGAAGUGCGAAAUUCAUGACACUUUUUGUCCAAGAUUGUAGCAUUGGGGGGUGGUGGCAAGUGUGAAUGUACCUAGGUGGCUUGUUACACAUGUGGAUAGUUAAGCAUGCUAGGGAGUUAGUUGCAUUCAAGGUAGUGCAAGGUGGGUAGGAGCAAACUAUGGAAACCCUCAAUUCUAGAAUUAUUUGGCCUAGACAGGAAUGAGCCGCUGAACAGGGUAUCAGGUUUUCAGGUCCUGGGUCUUAAACAGGGUAUACAAUUUCACGAAACAAUUACUAUAACAAAAUUCUCAAAUGUGAUAGGCUAUCAACUGUCCUCAUUUCAGCACUAAUAGGACAGUACGUGUCAUGCCUAAGUAAUUUAACUGAUUUAGUAACAGAACGGGAACGUCAGUUGACGACGGGGCAUGCAAAUCAAACAAAUGGCUUGACCAAUGGCUGAGUGGUAAAUUGGGCACCGGAAGUCGCGGUUAUUCCUUUCCACGCGCUUAGAUGGGUUUUUUUCUUUUUCACUGCUAGCAAAAAAGGCUCUUGGAAUUUCUUGUGUUUUGAUUUCAAAAAGCCUAAAAUAUCACAAAUUUUGUUAUAGUUGUAAUACGCUGUAAAUUGGUAACAGAACUUCCUGUCGUCUAAUUCGGUAUGUAGUGAUACUCGAAUUGGACUCCACUCAGUCCUAUUACCAUUAUUCAGCGUCUUGAUCAGAGUGUCUUUUUGUACCGGAAGCCUUAAAAAGAUUGUGAAGAUUGGCAGUGCGCCGUCUACCAACAAUGUAUUUGCAAAAAAGUCUAAUUCCAUGAUGUUAGCUUAAAAACACUGAGCUUCUUGUGCGAAACGAAGUGAAGCAGGGUCGUAAAAGUAGGUCUCCUGUCUUAAUCAGGGUAGCGAUAUGAACUCUUUGUCGUGAACAGGUCAACGUUUGAAGGGCUUGGCGAGACAGUCUACCAAAACUUCCCUUGAAUGCUCCCUGCUUGAUUUUGGGGAACCUAAAACUUUCAGUUGUAAAACUCUACUUAAACUUGACUCCCUAUCUCUUGACUUGCUCUAGUUAGUAGGUUCCAUUUUUUGUCAACAUUUUCCUUUACAAAAUUUAAUGUUCUGUCACUACAGUGUAUACUCUCUUUGCUUUGUGUGAGUACAUCACGGUGGUGUCAAACAUAGCUUUUCACUGGCAUUGUUCAUGGAUAUUCUCAGGAGCAAAGCUUACUUUUGGUUACUUUGAAGGCCUUUUGCCGAAGAAGAACUGAGUACUCAUAGUUCUUUGGCUUGCCUGUGUGCACUAUUAAACGAUGUAGGUUCUUUAGCCUGAGUAUCAAGCGUUUCUGGGGAAAAGGGGAAAGAUGGAAGCGAAAAAGGGAGAGAUAGUCAGGCUAUAGGUUCUUUAGUAUGGUGACGCGUGUGUGACGGGCUUAUGGUAUACGUCGCAGGUUUAUGUCGCAGCGACGUGUCGCGACGGCCCAAUCUUGUGCAUUCAGACACAGUGACAUGUAGCAACGACAAAAUCGCGCAUAGUUCACCAAUAGGGACGUGUAGCAGCUGCAUAAUCACGUGCAGUACACACACAGUGGCAUGGAUUAAGGGACGGACCAUUAGAAAAGUUAUGGGGGGAAGGGGAAUUUUCGAGCCGCAGGAAUUUUUUUUCGUUAUCAAAUUCCCUGUAUGAAAUUUUUUAAGGCCUUAGCAUGAAUAUUUUUUAGGGUUAAUUGGCGUGCAAGAAUUUUUUUUCAUUUAAUUUUCCCUUGCGCGAAUUUUUUUUUGUACUUCCCCCCCCCCCCCCCCCAAUGUUUUUUAUUGUUCCCCCCCCGGGCCGGGGGGCCGCCAAAAAAGCCCCAUCGGCGCCCCCAAAAAAAAGAAAAAGAGGGGGGGGGGGGGGAAAAACACACUUCCGAGCAAACCAAAACAGAGUAAAACACGCGCGGGGCAGUCCUGUCCAAACGUCCAAAACACACAGAGGGGAUGGGUUAGAGGGGGGCACAUAAAAAAAGUUUUGGGGGGAGGGGGAUUUUUUGGGCCCGUGGAAUUUUUUUUUGUUUUAAAAUUUCCGUUUUUAAAUUUUUUAAGGCCUUUGUAUUAAAUUUUUUUUGGUUUAAUUGGGGUGUAAAAAUUUUUUUUCUUUUAAUUUUCCCUUUGGGGAAUUUUUUUUUUUUCUUCCCCCCCCCCCCCCAUAAGUUUUCUAAUGGUCCGUCCCUAGGGACGUGAAGCGGCAACAAAGGCACGUGCAGUGCACACAGAAACAUGUAACAGGGACGUGGAGGAGCGAUAAACUCACUUGCAGUGCACACAGAGACAUGUAACAGCGACGUGUAGCAUUCACGUGCAAUACACACCCAGGAGACCAGGGACGUGAAGCAGCGGCAAGCUUUCUGUUCGAUUUUUUUGCAGGGAAUAAUCAUCAUCAUCGCCUGUAUCAUUAUCAACAUCACCGUCAUUAGCCCGUUCCAGGCUUUCAGAUAGUGGGGAAG